AUGAGACCCCAAGAAGCAACAAGAGAUUCAAGAGAUGGACAAGCCGUUGGCGGUUCUUGGACACGGACCAGACAGCGCAGUGGCGCGCAACCCAAGCUUUUGGCAGACGCAACCACCAUUUGGUGUCGAGCUGUCACUGCAGAGUCAGUGAUGCGACGAACGGUCAAUUCUUAG